UCGUCGCGAGUACGCUUCAGCGCGUGGUUCAGUCGAGCCGCGGACGUCGUUCGCGUCGUGCUCUUUUUCACGGCCGUGUUAAAUAAAAAACCGCAGUUCCGUUUUCGGAAACUCGGCCCGUCCCCGUGUCCUCGACCGCUCCAAGGUUCGAUCGAGCGAUUGCACAGCGUUCAAGUCACAAAGUUACGAUGUCUGACCCACCAACAGGCAAGGGCCCACCGAGCGUUGUGACCAUGGUGUUUUCAACCCUCACUCACGUUCUUCUACUAGCGCCAGUGAUAUACAUACUAACAGUGGCGUUUCAAAAUUACUCAUUCUUCUCCUGGCAUCCUAUCUGCAUGAGCCUCGGAGUGGCUCUUCUGAUGGCAGAGGCAGUCUUCAGCAUCUCUGGCGAGGCGUACAUCGGUCACAAGAUCUCGAGAGUGAACAGGGUGACGAUGCACUGGAUCCUGCACACAGCAGGCCUGACCCUCGUGCUGAUCGGUUUGAUCAUUAUCGUGGUGAACAAGGUCAACUACAACAGACCCCAUUUCUCCAGCCCGCACUCGAUCCUGGGCCUGAUCAGCAUCAUCCUGGCGUUCCUGGUCGCUGGCUUCGGGAUCGUCACGAACAACCCCAAGUGGCUUUACCCGAGAUUCAGGCCAGUCCUUCUGAAGAUCAUGCACGCGUUCGGUGGCAUCGCCAUUACCGUACUACUGUUUGCCUCUGUGAUCACUGGCACCUACAAAUGGUCGCCUAUCGCCGAAACUGGGAGGAACCUGGUCUUUGCGUCGCUGUUCAUCGCUGGUUUCUUCAUCUUGGUGAAGCCAGUACUUGGCGCUGUUUCCAGGAGCAAGGUCGUUUUUGGCCCACCACCAACCACCACGUAAUUUUUAAAGACGUGCGCGUGCUCUGGUAAAACUCUGGCGACUAAGAGUUCACUCUGUCGAUUUUCCUUCAUGUGGAAGUCUGCGAAGCUUGA